AUGACCAAUACAGAUAUAUUGGAGAGAGACAUCGGAUCGCUGAACACAGCUGGCUUGGAGAAAUUGAUUGAUGACAUCUGCGGGAUCAUUCAUAAAGCGUGUGAAGAAUCUAUGCCGACAAAGAAAGGCCGAUCCUUGAUGAAGCAUCGCCCGUUAUGGUGGACGGAAAAACUGACAGACCUCAAAAAAGAAGUCAUCCAGUUACACCACAGACUAAACCGAAUGAGACGUCGGAAUCUGCCUCUAGAUCAACUAGCAGAGGAAUUAAAUAAUAAAAAGGCAAUAUAUGCGGAGGAACUGAGGGCGGAGUCUUCCAGGAGUUUUAAAGAGUUCUGCGAACUACAAACAAAAGAAAACGUUUGGACUCUCACGAAUAGACUUCUGAAGGACACUGCACCCAAGCGGCCACCAGCCACCAUAAAAAUUGGUGACAAUUACACCAGCAGCGAAACGGAAACGGCCCAAGCACUCCUGGAUCACUUUUACGGUGAUGAUACACCAGAUAAUGACACGCACCAACACCAGUUUCUUAGAUCCAGAAUCGGGAAUGAGCCAGAUGGAGUAGAUGAACCCCCAUUCGCUGUCGAGGAGAUGGAAGCAAGCUCGAGAAUGGCGGUGUGGGAGCGGCUUUCGUCUGUUUCGAAGGUUCAAAAGUUAUAUAUAAAAAAGAGGCUGAAACUACAUACUAGCUGCUCUGUGUUCCAAGCGGAACUCUUGGCGAUUAAAGAGGCUUGCGAGUGGACUUUGGACCGGAGAUUGAAGCAAGGAGACGAAAGACACCAAAGGGGCACAAGGAUGCACAUGGGCUUCAAGGAGGUUAUACAGAUCUUGAGUGACUCUCAGGCGGCACUGAGAGCACUCCAAAAGAGAUCUAACACCCACCCCAUUGUGGCAAAGACUCAUGACACAAUAUAUACAGCUGCUCAAGUGGAUCUUAAUUUCAUAUUCUCAUGGGUUAAGGGCCAUGCGGGCGACGCAGGUAACGAAAUUGCUGAUGAGACAGCCAAAGGCGCUGCCACACAACACAAAACUCCUGACUACGCGAAGUUCCCUAUGAGCUUUGUAAAAAGGACUAUGAGGGAAAAAACUUGGAGAACUUGGCAGACAAGAUAUGAAAGCGCGGAACAAGGAGCGCGCACAAAAGAAUUACUCCCAAAAUUGACGGACAUUUGUGCACUAUGGAAAGCAACCAAAGUAUCAUUUCAAUUAACGCAGGCUUUAACAGGUCAUGGCUACCACAAGGAAUAUCUGCAUAGAUUCAAAAUCGCUGCCGAUCCAUUCUGCCCCUGUGACAAUACCACUACUCAAACGUUAACUCAUUUGUUGAGGGAGUGUCCUAGAUUUGAGUACAAUAGACUAAGACACGAGAUGCUUUGUAGCAAUCUACGUAUAUCACCGUACUGUGUAACGGAACUUUCAAAUAAACAAAGUGCUAUUGAAUCCUUCGUUACAUUUAUUAAUUACAUCAUAGAUAAGCUUAAAGGAUUCAAUAAAUUGUAA